AAAAUACCCAUUCCCCAAGUGCAGUGAGGUCGUUUCUGCCCUGCCUGGCCGCUCCUGGUUCUAUCCAGAAAUUGCUCAGUUUCAGAUGAUGUUCUUGAGAUCUUUCCCUCAAGAGUGAGGGAUCCUCACAGUUUGGGGACGAUGCCUUGGUCCUUUCAGAUGCCUUGACGUGACCAAGGUGUUGAAACUCCCGUGCAAAUCAUCGAGUCGUUGGAGUCAUCGAGUCCCACUUGGAGACCAAAGGUCUUCAGAAGCACCAUUUGCGCAGCUCUGGAUGUCCGCCCCUUUCUGGGCUCAAGUGACAAAUUGAUGUAACUUGCCAUUUGUUUAGUAAAGAGAUUAACGUUUUUUUGGUGACUCCCUUCUUUGAGCCAUGUCCUUCGUAUACACCCUUGGCUUGACUUUGAUGCUUGUUGUGAGUGGCGUCCGGCAAGACCAGAUGGGUACGCCAAACGGACGCGAUGAGAAACCUUGGGCGGAUCCUUAUCAAACAGGGCAACACAGUGGCUUCUACGACCGGCAACGACGUGAUAUGGAAAAGAUCAUUGUUGACUGCUGGCACCCGCACCUCGAAUCCUUUACCAAGUGCAUCAAGGAGACGUGUGAAAAGGACUUUGGCGGCAGUUUCACUGCAGUGGUCUCAGAUCAUUGGAAAUAUGUGGAACCUGAACACGAUCAGGGCUACUAUGUCAUGUUCCAGUACGGUGACACGAGCAAAGGGCAAGAUUACAAGAUCGUGAUCCGCAAGUAGUGAGUGUUACGCUUCACACGACCUGACAAGUGUGAGCUGUGGUUCUUGACAUGCGCGCAGACGUGGAAGCA